AUGAAUCCCACUAAAGAAGUCCUCGAUUUGCCACAGGAUGCAGCUUAUGACCUUGUCAUUUUGAAAGGAGCGAAUACUCUAAUGGCUUCUCUGGGUGACCAAAGGUGCACAAUAAAAGAGUCAAACUUAGCGUUCUGGACGUUGAGUCAAGCACUGGUCCUGCCACAGACUCACUCUGCUAUCGAUGUGGUCUUCAAAUCGCUCGAAGUCAAUCAAUCAGAUUCGAAACCCGCCGUCGAGAGUGAAUUCGUAGAACGCGACGGCACUCUGUUUGUGCACAGAGUUGUUACAGAUGUUUUAGUCAACGAAUUUAAACGGGCCGAGGUUGAAGGCGCGCAGCCUGUACUCAAAAUUGGCACGAGACUGAAGGAAAUUUGGAAUAUCUGCGCCAUUAUUCUCAAGAGCAGAAAGAGCUACUGGAAUUCUUCACUCUGCUCUCGAGUGUACCGAUAUCCGGUAUCCGGUAUUGUUGGUAACAAAUUACAGGCCAAUUACUCCACAGGAAACACCUUCCUGGAUGCCUUCACCCAGUAUCAUCAAUCGCUUGGUCUUCAAGCAAAUUCUGUUGAUCUUGGUCUCAUAGAGGACGUCAGUCACGUAGCCGAACGAGUGGGCAUAGAUGCUCGUUUCGACAAGAUACAGUGGACGCCAGUGACCGCCAGUGACCGCCACAAAGACGAGAAAGCAUCGAUUAAUGCAAGCAGUCAGACACAGCUGAUUGCUGGUAUUGGUUUCUCACUGCCCGAGGAUUCGAAUCUCGCCCACGAAGACUACAAUAAUGAUGGGGCUAGUCAGGGUGAUGAGAUGAUAAAGGUGUUCCGCAUUAUGUGCAAAUCAGGAGCUGAUGAAGCAGCGUUAGUCAAGGUAUGCGUGGAGGUAGUUGCGGCGCAGUUCACCAAGAUCCUACAGUUGGAAACCGAAAUGGAGACGGCCAAACCGUUAUUAUCAUAUGGGUUGGAUUCGCUUGCAGCAGUCGAGCUUGCGAAAUUGGAUUCGUAUAGAGUUUGGGGCUGGACUGACGACACUUGA